UGUGCUGAUGCUUGUUGUAAGCUCACGUCUCCUCGCUCCUCUCACUGCAGCUUCUAUAAGGGUGUGGUGCCCCUGUGGAUGAGGCAGAUCCCCUACACCAUGAUGAAGUUUGCCUGCUUCGAGCGCACUGUGGAGAUGCUCUACAAGUAUGUUGUUCCUAAGCCCCGCAGCGAGUGCAGCAAACCUGAGCAGCUGGUGGUCACCUUCGUGGCCGGUUAUAUCGCUGGUGUGUUCUGUGCCAUCGUGUCCCACCCUGCUGACUCCGUGGUGUCCGUGCUGAACAAGGAGAGUGGCAGCACUGCUUUCCAGGUCCUCAAGAGGCUGGGACCCAAAGGUCUGUACCAACACCAGUUCUCCUCUAACUCGAGCAGCAUCCCAGUGCAGCAUCAGGCUCUGAUCAACACGCUCCUUAGAUCCACCUCUGGAGGGCGCUGUGCUCUGAGCACAGCUCCUCAGCAGCUUUCCGGCUGUACAGUUGGAG